ACAGCCAAGUACGUGAUAUCGGGCAAGUUGGCAAAAUCACAACAAAGAGUGUCUCCAUAUUUCGACUUCGAUUCAUUACGGAACAUUAGUGACAUUGCAGUAGUAGUAAAUUGUAGCUAGUUAAGACUGAAGAUGAGUAGUCUUCAGACACACAGCCAGGAGUCGCCUUCAGGCCUAAAUGAGUCGUGGGUGGAAUUGGAUGCUGCCCCUGGUGGCAUGGUACGCGUGUCUUCCAUUCAUGAUGACGAGGGAACCAUGGAAAAAUUGCUCAUAGAAGCACAACGAGAAUCAAACCAGUCAUCAGCUAUUGGCAGUAAAUCCAAUUCUAAAGGCAACAGUCCAAGAGGGGUGCAAACACCUGCAAGUAUCAGCCCUAAAGGCUUGCAGAGCCCAUCCAGUGGCAGUGAGUUGGCAGGGGAUUUCAAUGGUCUAUCAUCAAGAAUCAUAAAUGAAGACCUAAAAGCCAACACAGACUGGAUAUGGGAUUGGUCAAGCAGACCGGAACCUAUGCCUCCCAAGGAGUUCAAGUUCCGCCGCCCGCCUCAAAAAGCGCCACUGAGUAUUCGUAAUACAAAGGCAAUGAAGACUGGUUUCACCGAGCUUAUUCCUCUUCUGAUAAUCUCCAAUCUGAUGUCUCUGGUUCUUGGAGCUGGUAUUGGGUGGUUCUUUGCAAAGAAAAUGGCUUCUUCUGGUCUCACCGCCAUCCCAAUGCCGCUUGACUAGCUGACUUCUAAUUUCCUGGGGAGACCUCUGUUGCCAUGAUGCCAUUAGCUGCAGUGGAGUUGGCUGCAGUGUUUUGUUGAGUAUGAAAUAAAUCGUAAGGGUAUACGAUAAUUCCAUGUGAUGUCUGUUAGCCUCACUACUGCAGAUUUCUCAUAGCUUUGAAUCUGACUAGUUGUUUUCAGAGGCAAGAAUAGACUGACAUGGUCGCCAAGUGUAGUGGACAAACGUGUUGGCAGAAUGUUUGACUAUAUUUGAUGGGGUCGCUUCCUGUUCACUUGCUGUACACUAGUGUAUGUUAUUUGAGCAGUUUAUCACUUUAAAUUAUACUAUUAUAAACAAGGAUUAGAUAGAUGGUUCUGGCUAUAGUAUCAAUUUGCUAAUAUGAUGAAAAUGGAAAGUAAACAUUGGUAAAGGUUUAAUGCAUAUUUUCAUUUAAAUCUGGUCUAAGUUAUAUUGCAUGCAGAAUUCUGAGAUUUAAUAGGUCCUACAUUUUUUUUUAAUGAUUUGCAAGCUGUUGAUGAUCGUUUGCUCAACAGUUGCACCACCAUUUGUGCUGCUGGGGUGAAGUUGCGCAAACCUAGUUUUCACCUGCGUGCAACAUACUGAAAAGAAGCUCUAUAAUUAUUUAAGGAUACACUUGAGCGUUUGCACGGGUAUUGCUCUAAUUUUGAGUAAACGUUUAUUGACCAAUGAUGUAUCUGUAUGCUCAACCUAAAAAAUUUCAUGGAAUUUCUAGCACCUAAUUAUGUGACAACACAAAUUUUUUUAAUUUUUAUGGGAAAAAUGGCGUAAUAUUGAUAAAAUGUGAUAAUAUUGAUUAAUAAAAUGAUUUAAGUUUGAAAGCAGUUUUCACCACAAAUUGCAGGUCAGAAUUUUUCUUUCAGAAUUAAAACUAAAAAUCAAUAAAAUUUCAUAUAAAACAUUGAGUGAAUCUUUAAGAGAAGAAUGGUUGCAAUAUUUCACUAUGAAUUCCACAUAUAUUUUGCAUGUAUUUUUAAACAAUGUCAGUCAGAUAAAAAGUUAUUAGCUCUAAAUAUAAUUACAAUGUUGUGAUUAGCUCCAGGUCUGAAACAUGUAAUAGAAAAAUUCAAACGUGCAACUACAUCAGCAGGGAACAUAAAUCAAAUCGUAUAAUGUCGUGGCUGCACCAGUGAUCAUGUAUUUUCCAUAUCUAAAAACAAAAGUUAACGUCUCGUAAUGGAACCAUAUAACUAUAUACUUUUUAUGUAAUAGGCAUCAUAGUUUCAGCUUCUAGUCGCAUGUUCCCCUUUUAAGCGACACUUGGAAGAACUAGGAAUAAAAUAUAAUUACUUGUAUUAUACAGGGUGUAGGUAUUUAACUGCCGAUGUCAGAUGGUAUUUAUGUAUUGAUGCAGGGUUGGUGGCAUAUAUGCAGUGUUUAGUGAUGGACCCUUCUGUACAGUCAACUGUGGCCAGUACUAUGUAGAUGGCAGAGGCAUGGUCUUGAGACAAUUUGGCUGAUGUUUCGGGGAAAAA